ACGUGACCCUCUCGCGGGGCGGGCGGGGGCGGGGCCGGACCUCGGCGGCGGCGCUCCGGCUUCUGGAAACUUCUCGCCGACCCCCGGUACACACAGAGAGACACACACAGAGAGAGAGAGAGACAGCAAAGGGAGGGCGCGGGAGCAGAAUGGUUGUGCUACUGAACAGACUUCCUGCCGAAGACUGUCCCAAAUUCGUUCACAAGGUGAUUGAUGGCGUCUGUGGACGUGCGCUCCCUCGGUUUCGGGAUUACGGCGCUGUGUGGACCCUGACAGAGUGGAUGGAGAUCCUGGAGGGCACCACGUCAUUUCUGAAGCGCGCCGGUGGAAAGCAUUUGUCGGACGAGGAGAUUCUCCAGCUGUUGGAUGGACUGGGUUUACCCCACCAGGAAGCAGUCCUAAAAUCUUUAAAAGGAAGAAAAGAGGAGCUCCGACAGGCAAUGGUUGAGAAGACAAAUGAUGUGUCCUCUGCUCAAUUGCAGGACUUUGAUUGGCAACUAAAGUUACCUUUGUCGAGUGAUAAAAUUGCUUUUCUUCAAACACCAUUGUUAAACCUUGACCUCGAUGUCCGGGAGAACGGGAUACUGAAACCAGUUUCAAUUGAGAUGAAUAAGGAAGAGCUACAAAACUUAAUCCAUUCUCUUGAGGCAGCAAACAAGGUUGUCUUACAACUGAAAUGACUGGCCAUAAAAGUAAUCAACCAUAUAAAUCUGACCUUUCCAUGGAGAACUGGACCCAAGGAUAGUAUGCACUGCACAGAAGGAUAGUAAAUGCACCAUCAAGAUCUUGUGAAUAAGCAAAAGAAAGCUGAAUAAAAUUCACAAAACUGCCAUCUACUAUCAUACUGGAUGAAAUGCAAGAAAAUCCUGUUCUUAAAAUGUGUGGUUAAAUUUUGAAACUAAAUGUUGACGAGGUUGCUCAUGGACAGCAUUUGAUUGUAUUGUUGGUUUUGUUUAUAUAAAUGUGCCAAUGUAAUUGAAAUAUACGGUGGUAAAGUUUUUGUUUCUGUUGUUUCAUUAGUGAUCUACAGUUUAUUUUGAUACCAUUACUUCGAGAUGUGAUGAAUGACUACUUUGCUUUACACUAGAAAAUUAUGAGUUGUUUUCUGCCAUCCCUUCCUAUAUUCUAUUUAGAAAUCAUGUGAACCCCUUUUUCACACAUAAUUUUCAUAUAAAUGCAAGUUGUAGUUGUUUUAUAUAGGUCAAUGUGUGACCUAUUAUAAUGGAGCUGUUUGUUUUUAUAGGUAAAGUUGUAGACUUCCACAGGCUUUCGCUCUCUCUCCUUCCGUUACCAAACAAUACUUUAUAAAUGAAUUAUACAGCUCAACUAUUGAGAAAAAAAAUUGAGUCCAAGGCAGUUUCAUGACAUUUUAUUUUUAAAGACCGCAUUCAAAUUCUGUUGCAACAAGUUAUAGUUUAGCUUUUCUUCAGUAGUAGUACCAAUUGACAGAAUAAAGCUACUUACCAAAUGA